AAGCGGCCGAGGGUGUUGCCGUUGCUCCUGACUGAUAAACGGUGAGCUCUGACUGGCAAGUUCAGAUGGCCGGGUGUCAGUCGGAACCUUGGGCUUCCUGUCAGUGUUAGGCUACGCGACAAUUUACAUAGCACCCUGUGUCACCAGGAAAAAUGCAGAACGUACAAUCAAGUCAGCGCUAAGUACACGGAAUGCAUGCGAUGGGUCGGGCGUGAUGGCAUCAAUCUGAUCACGCACGCCGAUCCAAAAUAAAUGCCGAUCACACGCACUGACCUCCGCCCAUAUGUUCUCGACUCGACAAUGGUCUCCACGCACCAAAUCGCUGGAAGGGCACCAGCUGCAGUCCCUGAGCCUAUGUCAUUUCGCGACUAGACCUGAAGUUUAUCCUGACCUCAAGCUCAUGCAGCAAGCCAAUCUCGGUCACUGGGAUGACGGGUUUGGAAGGCCAUCAUGACCGAGAUCUUCCAUCCUUGGAAACGAUUGCCUGGACCGGUCCAUGAAUCGCUAGUCUAUUUGAAUGCUGGAGGCAAGUCUCCAAGCCGCCGGUUUCCCUCCUCUCAUUGACGAAGCCCUGCUGCCUCAAUCUUCUCGUACUCGAAAGCUACUUGUAAUCGCAUCCGCACACACACGCCUACCAUGGAUCCCUCCCCACCUGGCGCGAGCUAUCUGCAGCGCAACAAGACCGAGCGUGGUCGGUUGCAGGGUCUGCAGCAGAUCGACUCGUCCUCGGCAAGACCAGCCGUGCAGCCCAACGCAGUAUCGACUUGGAGUGUGUGGCUCAUCAACGAGGGACACCACAAGAUCUUCUUCGCCGUCUUCAUUGUGCUGCAUCUGGUCGCGCUCAUCCUGGCGUCGAUCCACUACAGCUUGAAAGACAACCUUUUCGGCGCGCGGGCUGAGUUCGGACCCACCUUCGUCAUUGCUCGUGCGGCUGCCGUGCUCCUACACAUCGACGUCAUCUUCAUUCUCCUCCCAAUCUGCCGCAACUUUGUCUCCGUGCUCCGCCGGACGCCGCUGGGAACAGUGAUACCGUUCGACGAAAACCUGACACUCCACAAGGCGACGGGCUGGUCCAUAUUCAUCUGGUCGCUAGUACACACACUCGCACACAUCGUCAAUCUUUACCGGCUCACGAGAGCUGACACCUCCCUCAAGACGAUCGGUGCGCGCGUCGCUUUCUUCCUGUAUGCCAAUGUCAUCAUCGGGCCUCUCUGGACGGGCUGGCUGAUGUGGGUAUGCUUGGGUGUGAUGGUGUGGUAUGCAAUGGAGAAACGGCGACGUCAGGCGAACGGCGGAUUCGAAAAGUUCUGGUACACGCACCAUCUCUUCAUUCCUUUCUUCCUGCUGUGGCAAUUCCACGGCAUGUUCUGCAUGAUCAAACCUGACCGCCCGCCGUACUGCUCGUUCAAUACAAUCGGUGUCUUUUGGCGGUACUGGAUCGUCGGGGGUCUGAUCUGGAUCUACGAGCGUGUGCUGCGUGAAGUGCGUUCGCGACAUUCGACGCACCUGUCCAAGAUUAUCCAGCACCCGUCCAAUGUCAUGGAGCUGCAAAUCAAGAAGGAGAAGACCACAACACGGGCGGGCCAAUACAUCUUCAUCAACUGCCCUGAGGUCUCGUACUGGCAGUGGCACCCCUUCACGCUCACUAGCGCUCCCCAGGAAGAUUACAUCUCCGUGCACGUCCGUGUGGAAGGCGACUGGACAACUGCCAUGGCAGAGGCCGUCGGUUGUGAUUUCCCGAAGAAAGGAGCCAAAGGCGCGUCCGAAAGCAAGGUUGUGCCGCCUCCGAUGGGUCGCGCGUUGCCACGAGUGAUGGUCGACGGACCGUUUGGCACAUGUUCGGAGGAAUUCUUGAACUAUGAGACCGUUCUGCUCGUCGGUGCAGGUAUUGGUGUCACACCCUUUGCUUCCAUUCUAAAAGCGAUUUGGUACCGAAUGAACAGCAUCGGCGGUGCUAAGCCCACACGAUUGUCCAAAGUGUACUUCACUUGGGUCAUCCGCGACUUUGGCACAGCGGAGUGGUUCCACUCGCUGCUACAAGCCAUCGAGACGCAGGACACCCAGAACCGGAUCGAGAUUAACAUCUACCUUACCCAGAAGAUCAAGGAGGAUGACAUGAACAACAUCAUCGUGCACGAUGUGGGUGCCGAGAAGGACGCAAUCACCUCUCUCCGUGCGCCGACGCACUUCGGGCGACCGAACUGGGACAAGAUCUUUUCGUCUAUCAGCCAGAAACACCCAGAGUCCGACGUUGGGGUGUUCUUCUGCGGCCCGGUAGCUAUCGCCAACACCCUCGGCGAGAAAUGCAACGCAUACAGCAGGGACGAGGGAACGCGUUUCUUCUUCGGCAAGGAGAACUUCUAGAUGUUUUGAUCUGCGCUCGUGUACUUCUAAUUGUAGCUAAUUCCCAGGUCAUCCAUUCUUACAUAUCAGUGGUGGCAAUCUCGUCGUUAUUUGCGGAGAGAAUCCGUGUAGGCAUGGUAUCAUGUAUAUAUAUCCACUCCACUUUCUCGCAACGCUUCGGUGGAGACAGUUGCCCAC